AUGGCCCAAGGACUUGUCUCCCCCGGAGGGCUGCUGUCUGAUGAAGAAGCUGCAGCCUCUCCUGUCCUGGAAUCCACUGCAGCAGAAUGUGGGGCUGGCUUGUGUAGAGCUCUUCUACCAGAUUUGUCUUCCAUCUCUUCAAGCCAUGAAGAGGCUGCUUCUGAUGUCAGCGGGAAAGUGAAAGUGUAUGCAAGAGUGAGGCCCCUAAAUCCAGCUGAGGUGGAGAAACUUGAGGAUCAAGGCUGCAUCUGUAUUGAGGAUUCCCAGACCCUUUUACUCAAAGCACCCAAGGACUCCUUCACCAUGAAAAACACCGAACGAGGAAUUGGUCAGGCAGUGCAUAAAUUCACCUUCUCCCAGGUCUUUGGGCCAGAGGUUGGCCAGAAAGCUUUUUUUGACACAACAAUGAAGGAAGUAGUGAAGGAUGUGCUCCAUGGGCAGAACUGGCUUGUUUAUACCUAUGGCGUCACUAAUUCAGGGAAGACCUAUACUGUCCAGGGAACUGGAGCUGACGGGGGGAUCCUUCCUCGUUCUUUGGCAAUCAUAUUCAACAGCAUUGGGACACGGCUAUACCAGGCCACAGACCUGAAGCCUUUCCUCUCCUGUGAAGUGAUCUGGCUGGACAGCAAACAGGUUCGUCAGGAGGAAACCAAGAAGCAGGCGCUGUUGUGUGGCAAGAGGAAGGAGGAGGAGUUGCUUACUUCUGUGAAUAAGAGUCACAGCACAAGAUCCUUGCUUCAGCCAGGCACAAGUGCUAGCACUGACAGUGGUGUUGGUGGACUCUCAUCGACCUGUCACUCUACCAACCAAACGACCUCUAACCUGCUAGAAGAAACCGGUCCUCACUGGGCUGACUCGGAUAACAUCUCACUGGUGGCUAAUGACGAUGUGCAAUUUUCCAUCUGGGUGUCCUUUUUUGAGAUCUACAAUGAGCUGAUUUAUGACUUGCUGGACAUGACUGUGGCCGGUCCAUCCCGCAAGAGGCCCACACUGCGACUGUGUGAGGAUCAGACUGGCAACCCCUACAUCAAAGAUCUGAACUGGAUCAACGUUCAAGAUGCUGAUGAGGCCUGGAAACUGCUGAAACUGGGCCGUAGAAACCAAAGCUUUGCCAGCACCCACAUGAACCAGAAUUCUAGCCGCAGGGGCUGGUGAUCCUUGACCUCAGUGCGGAUGCUGCCUUCCCUCUCCAGGCUGUCGCUGUGUGACCUCGCUGGCUCUGAACGCUGCAAAGAGCAGAGGACUGGGGAUCGCAUGAAGGAGGCAAAUAAUAUCAACACUUCUUUGCACACACUGGGGCGUUGCCUCACUGUACUGCGCCAGAACCAGCAGGCCAAAGUGAAGCAGAGUGUUGUGCCCUUCCGUGACAGCAAGCUAACCCGUGUGUUCCAAGGCUUCUUCACAGGGCGAGGGCAGUCCUGCAUGAUUGUCAAUAUGAAUCCCUGUGCCUCCUCCUAUGAUGAGACUCUCCAUGUGGCUAAGUUCUCUGCAAUUGCCAGCCAGCUUAUACAAGCUCCUUCGAAGGUGGGACUGCUGGCCAUUCAGUCUCUUCUGAAGGAACAGAGCAUUAGAACAAACAGGGCCUCUGGAGCAGCCUUGGAUCAAGAAAUGGAACUCAGUGACGAGAGUGAGGAUGAAACAGAUGUGACCAUGUAUGACAAAGAGGACCUGUUGCUCGUGGUUGAGGCUCUGAAAAAUCUGCUGCUGAAGGAGCGCCAGGAGAAGCUGAAACUGGAAAUGCAUCUGCGUGAGGAGAUUUGCAACGAGAUGAUGGAGCAUCAGCAACAGAGGGAACAGUCAAUCAGUGAGCAGGUGGACGCCCAAAAGGAGAUUCUGGAGGAGAUGUAUGACUUUAAGCUCAACCAUCUAAAGGAGAUGCUGGCUGAUUACUAUCAAGAGAAGAUAGAGAACCAGGAUGAAAAGAUACAAGAGCUGGAAGCCUCCUUGCAAGAAGCAAAACGGCAACAAGAACUCCAGGUGGGAAAGCCACAAGAGCCAGAGGAGGGACAGCGCAGAUCCAAACGAGUGGCACUGGCUGCAACAUCUGCCCUGCAGGAGACAAAAGCCAAGCUAGAACAGUGUCAGGCUGAGCUGAGCACAGCCAAAGAAGAGCUACGCAAAUACCAAAAGAUGGUGGAGCCACCACCUUCAGCAAAGGCCAUCACUGUGGAUGUGGACCGGAAGCUGCAAGAAGGUCAAAAGAAUGUGAGGAUGCUGCGUUGUGAGCUGCAGAAACUUGGGGAGUCACUUCAGUCAGCAGAAAGAGCUUGUUGUCACAGCACAAGUGCUGGGAAACUCCGCGAGACCCUGUAUAUGUGCGAUGACAUCCUGGUCAAACAGGAUCAGACUCUGGCUGAGCUUCAAAACAAUAUGACACUAGUGAAGCUGGAUCUGCGGAAGAAGGCAGCCUGCAUUGCUGAGCAGUACCAUACUGUGCAGAAACUCCAAGUGGCACCAACCCCAACCUUGAAGAAACGGUUCUGUGCCAACAGUGAAAACAUGCAGCCCAAAACUCAACCUCCCAUCAAGAAGCCUUUCUUGUCCCACUUCCUGUCUCGCUCAGUAGCCAAGCCUGCUAUGGCAGAGAGCCCCUACACUCGUAUCCUGCGCUCUCGCAGGUCUCCCCCUUUUAAGACAUUGGCCUUUGGCAAAAAAUACUGAAUGAAUGUUUUGGUCCUGUGGUCUGACUUGAGUACUAGCAACUGGUUGCUGGCUCUACAUAUUCUGUAUAUAAAUGUGUUUAUUCAUAUGUUAAGGCCUGAGCAAACAAACAAGUCCUUGGCUUCCCAAAGAUGAAUACUAUGCAUGUCUAUUUCAGGCCAGCUGCUACCCCAGUGUAUGUGGA